AUGUUCAGCUAUUCGCCAAUCAAACAGAACUCAUACCUGAGUUCCUCCAACCAAUUUGAAUAACCUUUAGACGACAUGAGUUGCAUAAUCGAAAAUGGCAGCAUGGGAUCCCUCUAUUUGGGUAACAUCGAGUCAGCUUGUAUUUUAAUUUCUAAUUAACUCCUAAUAGCCAGUUUGGAUAACUUGAAGAGACAUAAAAUCAAGGGAGUUCUAUCCAUCUGCAUGAACAAAAUUCCCUUUGAAGUGCAGACAUCAUUACAACAUUACUUACACAUUUAUUUGGAAGAUUGUGAGUCUGAAAACAUAGCCAGGCAUUUUGAGAACUCCAAUCAAUUCAUUGACAAAGCCAGACAAUCUGGGAAUGUCUUGGUUCAUUGCAUGGCUGGAAUCUCUAGAUCAGCCACUCUUGUUGCAGCUUAUCUAAUGAAGAAAAACAAUAUGAGUGCUUAAGAUGCUAUAAGAUUACUUGAAAGAAAGAGAUGGUAAGUCUAUCCCAACAAUGGAUUCCUGAGACAAUUAUCCCAAUAUGAAAAGGUAUUAUCAUAAUAAAAUGGCCGAUCUGACAUCUCCUCUCCCCUCAGAGAUUCCUGGAACAAGUAUAUAAUCAUUUUCUAACUCUUAGAUAAUUUCAAACUCCAACCAAGGAGAGUCUAUUUUACAGUAAAUAUGAUGAGUAACAAUAAUCUAGUCAAAAAACAAGACCAUUGGAUGACAUUUGCUUUGACAAAUAUAAACGGAAGUCUGCCGGCUAAGAGGAUCUGCUUAGGAGUCCAGAAUGCAAUGAAAAGAAACCCUUUUCUUUGACUUAACAUAGGCCUAGUUCAGCAAUUAGAACUUCACCAGAUCUCAUUAAAAAAAAGAAUUUGUUGGCUGAUACCAGUAAUAAAUUAUUCUAUAUUGUAUAGUCAGUGGGAAUAAGAAGGAGGGGCUGGCUGCAUUGGCUUUGGAAUUGAAUUCAAUUGAUUGGCAAAGUAAAAAACUAGAUUUAGAAAGCAAAUAUCCAAAACCAGCCAAUUAACAAAAUAAUAUCAAAUCAUUCUUGACUCCGACUCGUCCAUUACAAUUAAAUCAACAUCAAAGUAAAUUGGAUGAAUUGCUUAAUUCUUUCAACAGAAAAUCCAUACUAUGA